CUCUUUUAAAGAAACUUAUUUCCAUGAAGUUUAAGGGCAAGGAAAACAUAAGGGAGUACAUUAUGGAAAUGUCUCACCUUGCUUCAAAGUUGAAGACACUAAAGCUUGAGCUUUCGGAUGACUUGCUUGUGCAUUUAGUGCUUAUCUCUCUUCCUCCACAAUUCAGUCAAUUUAAAGUCAGUUACAACUGCCAAAGGGAGAAAUGGACUCUUAAUGAGCUCAUUUCAUUUUGUGUUCAAGAGGAAGAAAGAUUGAAGCAAGAGAAGACUGAAAGUGCUCAUUUGGCAAGCACCUCUAAGGAUAAGGGCAAGAAAAGAAAGAAUGAGGCUGCUAAGGAUAAAGGUCCUGCACAUAAGAAACAAACUCAAACCAACAGUGAUGAUGGUUGUUUCUUUUGCAACAUGAAAGGACACAUGAAGAAGGAAUGUGCUAAGUAUAUUGCAUGGCGAGCAAAGAAAGGGUUGCCUGAGUUACCGAAAGCCAAAUGAUGCUGAAAGAAGCAUUUAUAUGGGAGAUGGCAAGUCGGUAAAUGUGGAAGCAAUAGGGCAUUUUAGGUUGUUGUUAAGUACUGGUUACUAUUUGGACUUAAUAGAUACUUUUGUUGUACCGUCUUUUAGACGGAAUUUGGUUUCUGUUUCUUGUUUGGACAAAUGGGGUUAUUGUUGUUCAUUUGGAAAC